AUGAGAGUCCACCAGAAGCUCUACGUAGUCGUAAUCGUUACCGUCCUGCUCGCGCUGGCGGUUUUCAUCCUGGUUUUCAUCUUCCUCCGCCGCCGUACCGGCGCAAAACGCGGUGCCGGACUCAUUCCCCUGGUUAAUGAGUCGGAUCAACGCGCAGCAGAUGAAAUUUCGAAAGUUGUCGAGAAGAAGGUGUUUGUCGUGGAGAACGUGGUGAAGGCGGAGCAGAUUGAGUCGGAGAGUAAAAAGGCGAGCUCGGUGAGCUACGAGUCGAGUACGACUCGGAGCGAGUCGUCGUCGGUUAAGUCGGUGUCGACCGACGGUUUGGGGAGCUUUGGGUGGGGGAAGUGUUACAGCUUACGGGAGCUACAGGCGGCAUCGAAUCAGUUCUCCGAUGAGAAUGUAAUCGGAGAAGGAGGAUACGGCGUCGUUUACUGUGGGGUUUUGCACGACGGAUCUGUGGUUGCUAUAAAAAAUUUAUCAAAUAAGAGGGGCCAUGCAGAGGAAGAAUUUAAGGUGGAAGUUGAAGCCAUUGGGAAAGUAAGACACAAGAACCUUGUGGGUUUGAUAGGUUACUGCGCAGAAGGCACUGAAAGGUUACUUGUUUACGAGUACAUUGAUAAUGGCAAUUUGGAGCAGUGGUUGCAUGGUGAUGUAGGCCCUGUCAGCCCUCUAACUUGGGAGGUCAGGAUGAAAAUUGCAGUAGGAGCUGCCAGAGGACUCGCGUACUUGCACGAAGGACUGGAACCCAAAGUUGUUCAUCGUGAUGUAAAAUCAAGCAACAUACUUUUGGAUAGGAAAUGGAAUACAAAAGUAUCAGAUUUUGGACUUGCCAAAUUAUUGGAAUCUGAUGCCAGCCAUGUCACCACCCGUGUGAUGGGAACAUUUGGAUAUGUCUGCCCUGACUAUGCAAGUACCGGCAUGCUUAACGAAACGAAUGAUGUCUACAGCUUUGGAGUUCUGCUCAUGGAAAUAAUAACUGGCAGGAGCCCGGUAGACUAUUCCAGACCACCUGGAGAGACGAACUUGAUUGACUGGUUCAAAGGGAUGAUAGCAAGUCAUCGUGUCGAAGAGUUAGUAGAUCCGCGGAUCAGUGUUCCUCCUCCCCCAAGAGCUUUAAAGAGAGUAUUACUACUUUGCCUGCGCUGUAUAGAUAUUGAUGCCCACAAACGGCCAAAGAUGGGGCAAGUUGUGCACAUGCUCGAGGCAGAUGAAUUCUCUUACCGUGCUGGAACCCGAUUUGCUCGUGAUACAGCUCCUUUACAUCAUCUCCAAGCCACUAGCAGAAAUGAAAUUCCGCCUGCACAAACGAAAGUGGUGAAUGAUGGUGGAGAAAGACCAACGGGGAGCUAGACGGUCAUAUUAAAGAUGCAUAAAAAGGUUUUCACUGCCAACACCCAAUCGCGGAGAAAUUUCGACUCUAAACAAGAUAAGUUGAAGAAUUUUCUUUUAAUUUUUCUUCUCCUGCGUCGGCAUUUAAAGGUUAAUGUGAAUAUAUAUAUAGUGUGAUUUGUGAUCCAUGUAUUUUCUUGAUAAUACUCCCCCUCCCCAUUUAUAGGUGAUAUAUAUGCGAGAUAUGUAAAACACAUAUAGAAACAAUGUACUAUUUGACUAAACUUUGAUUUAUUUAUAUUGUUUUCACAGA